GCAGCACUUCCGGUCCACAUGUAAACGCUGAUGGUAAACGCUGCAGCGUGAUUCAAACGUAGCUAAUACACAUACAUUUCUCUGUAUAUUUACCAUAAAAAUUACAGUUGAAGCAGUGACAGUCGUCUGUAAACAUGAAGCUGCUCACGCACAACAUGUUGACAUCUCACGUGAAGGGAGUCACCAAAGGAUACCCGCUGCUCAUCAAGGCAACUGAGGUGAAAGUGAAUGAGGUGGACUUCAACCCUCAGUUUGUCUGCCGGAUGAUCCCCAAACUGCAGUGGAGCGCUCUGGUCCAGGCUGCAGAGGUGUUGGGUCAACGGCAAGACCUGCCAGGUGAGCUGCUGCCAGAAUUCGAGAACAACGAAGAGUUCCUGAAGAAAGUGCACAGAGUGCUGUUAGAGGUGGAGGUGAUAGAGGGCUGUCUGCAGUGCCCUGAAUCAGGACGAGAAUUCCCCAUCUCCAGAGGAAUCCCCAACAUGCUGCUGAACGAGGACGAGGUGUAGACAGCAGCUCCACGAUGUCAACGGUUUUCACACACAUCCUCAAACCGUCACUCAGUUGGGAUUGUGGGUAUUCAGAAAGAGAGAAGAGAAAAGCUGGACUUAUGUUGAUGCCAUGAGAAAAUAGGCCACACUGUUUGGUUGAUUGUUGUUAUGACAUAUAAGAGACCGAGCUGCCAAAGGAGGAAGCGAUUUGAAGAAUAACAUGUGGAAAUGUUCCCCGAGAGUAACCCCCAGUGGUUUUAUCUGUAUUUAUUUUUAUAACUGUUUGAGUUAUUUCUUUUUUUUUUCCAAUAAAACUGUCUUGAUUUCCACGACA